AUGCCUAAUGAAUCUGUAGAGGUUACCACUAUUUGCAGAGAUGUUUCAAAUUCUCAGUUCAUUUUACAAUGUCCUAUUGAAGGCCAUCCAGAUAGUGCCGCAGAUGUUGAGGGUUCAACUCAGAGAAAUUUACCAAGAAUUAAGAUCUUAGGUACUGGUGGUACUAUAGCUUCGAAAGGGAGUGAUUCAUCACAGACUGCUGGUUAUCAUGUAGAUUUAACUAUUCAAGAUAUGUUAGAAUCUAUUCCUGAUAUUUCGGGUAUUUGUGAAAUAGAAUAUGAACAGUUAUGUAACGUUGAUUCAAAAGAUAUCGACGAAAGUUUGUUAUAUAAAAUUUAUAAAGGUAUUUCAGAUUCUUUGCAAAGUUUUGACGGUAUUGUUAUCACUCAUGGUACUGAUACAUUAGCGGAAACUGCAUUUUUUAUCGAAAGUACGAUUGACUCUGGCGAUGUACCAAUUGUAUUCGUUGGUUCUAUGAGACCUUCCACUAGUAUAUCUGCCGAUGGUCCAAUGAACCUAUAUCAAGCCAUCUGUAUAGCCUCUAGCACCAAAUCAAGAGGCAGAGGUGCUUUGGUUUCAUUAAAUGAUCAAAUUUCAGCAGGUUACUAUAUUACGAAAACAAAUGCCAAUAGUUUAGAUUCUUUUAAUGUUAGACAAGGUUACCUAGGAAAUUUCGUAAAUAACGAAAUUCAUUAUUAUUACCCACCUGUUAAACCACAAGGCUGUCAUAGAUUUAAGUUGAAAGUUAGUCCAACUGAGACUAAGUUCAGUUUUCCAAAAGUUUGUAUUCUAUAUGCUCACCAAGCUGUUUCCUCUGAAUUACUUGAUCUGGUAUCAACUCGUUAUGAAGGGAUAGUUAUUGCAACAUUAGGUGCAGGCUCAUUACCAGAUGAAGUCAAUGCCAAAUGCUUAUCAUUAAAUAUCCCAAUAGUAUAUUCAAAGAGAAGUAGAGAUGGUAUGGUACCAAUUGCAAACCUACCAGGUUGUCAAGAAGAGGUAAAUUAUAAUCUAAUUGCAUCAGGAUAUUUAAACCCAGAAAAGAGCAGAAUUCUUUUACAGCUAUGUUUAGCUGGUAGUUACUCAUUCAACGAGAUAAGACAUGUAUUUAGUGGAGUAUAUGGUGGUUAA